AUGCGUGAAUGUAUCAGUAUCCAUGUUGGUCAAGCUGGUGUACAAAUCGGAAAUGCUUGCUGGGAAUUGUACUGCCUUGAACACGGAAUAGAGCCUGAUGGAACGUUCAGUAAAGAACGUGAUAGCAGCCAUAUUAUCAAAUCCAUUUCAGAUUCCAAGGAAACAUCAUUCAGCACAUUCUUUAAUGAAACAGGCAACGGACGAUAUGUUCCACGGGCGGUUUUUGUUGACCUUGAGCCAUCUGUUAUUGAUGAGAUUCGUCGAGGAACUUAUGCGAAAUUAUUUCAUCCGGAACAGUUGAUCUCUGGCAAAGAAGAUGCAGCGAAUAAUUAUGCUCGUGGCCAUUAUACUGUUGGCAAAGAGAUUAUCGAUACCGUAUUAGAAAAACUACGAAAAAUCGCUGAUCAAUGUACAGGUUUACAAGGUUUCCUCGUCUUUCAUAGCUUUGGCGGCGGUACUGGAUCUGGCUUUACAUCGUUGUUAAUGGAACGUUUGAGUUUAGACUAUGGUAAAAAGUCUAAACUCGAAUUCGCUGUGUAUCCUGCACCACAGGUUUCAACUGCUGUGGUUGAACCAUAUAAUUCAAUUCUAACAACUCACUGCACAUUGGAACAUACAGAUUGUGCUUUUAUGGUUGAUAAUGAGGCUAUUUACGAUAUUUGUCGUCGCAAUUUAAAUGUCGAACGGCCAUCGUAUCACAAUCUAAAUCGCUUAAUUGCACAAAUUGUCUCGUCAAUCACCGCUUCGCUUCGUUUUGACGGUGCAUUGAAUGUGGAUUUAAACGAAUUUCAAACCAAUCUCGUUCCGUACCCGCGUAUACACUUUCCACUUGUUACCUAUGCACCAAUCUGCAGUCAGGAAAAAGCUAAUCAUGAAACAUUCAGUAUUCAAGACAUCACGAAUGCAUGUUUCGAGCCAGUCAAUCAAAUGGUUAAAUGUGAUCCUCGCAACGGCAAAUACAUGGCAUGUUGCUUACUCUACCGUGGUGAUGUCGUGCCCAAAGAUGUGAACAAUGCUAUAUCAGUGAUCAAAACAAAACGAAGUAUUCAAUUUGUUGAUUGGUGUCCAACCGGUUUCAAAGUUGGCAUCAAUUCUCAACCGCCGAUUUCAAUUCCAGGUGGAGAUGUAGCUAAAGUUCCUCGUGCUGUUUGUAUGCUUUCAAACACGACAGCAAUUGCUGAAGCUUGGGCACGACUUGAUAGUAAAUUUGAUUUGAUGUAUGCUAAACGUGCUUUUGUUCACUGGUACGUCGGUGAAGGUAUGGAAGAAGGUGAAUUCAGCGAAGCUCGAGAAGAUUUAGCUGCAUUAGAAAAAGAUUAUGCUGAAGUUGCCACAGAUUCUGUUAAUGAAUCUGCAGGUGAUGCAGCUGGCGAAGAAUAUUAA